AUGAGUCUCGAAAAGUUCCUCUUGUCGCUCCUCAUCCUCUUCUCCGGCAUGGCCCUCGCAGAACCCGACAUCACGCUUGGCGACAAUACGUCGGCUCACCCUCUCCUCAAAUACACUCCCGGCCCUCUGCCCUCCAUCCUUCGCACCAUGGUCAAGGACCCCCAUGGCCUUCUGCGCAUCGGCACUGAUGGCGUGCUCCGCAGCUUCGCCGCCAACGCCUCCGUCCUCGACUACCGCCACCUCUCGUCGGCGCAGACUCACGGCCUUGCCCCCGACGGACGCGGUGUCCUCUCCGAGGCGGCUAUCCUGCACUCCCCCCGUGGCGCCGUCGAGGGGCGGGCCUCAGCGGCUGGCGCGGGCCGGCCGGUCGGCGUGGGUGUCCCUGCGGCCAGGAGCACCGAUCCCGCCGCAGCUGAAGUCGUCCACCCCGAGAUUCUGGGCGAGUGUGCUCCCCCGGUUGCGUGCUGGAACAGCACGACCUGCGGCGGUGGGUGCGGAGCGUGCACUUAUUUCGGCUUCUUCCCGUACGGACUGUGUCUGUCCGGAUGA